AGAUGUGAACUAAGUCGCGAACAAGAAGCAUAACCUGCGCAAUUCAGGGUCUACCCGCCAUGGCUACUCAACGUCUGAAAGGCAUAUUUUCCAUCAUCAAAGGAAAUAAAGCUGAAAAAUCAGACCAGAAAUCCCCCACUACCGACAAGGCAGAUAAACCCACGUCAGAGAGGGUAUUGCCGACGUUCGAUGAGUUGCCAAACUUCCACGAUUUCAAAGGGUGUGCGUGGGAUGUGUGGGGCCGCGACGAUGAAUUGGGGACUAUCAAUCUGCUCACAGAGGAAGUCGUUCAGCGAGCUGCAAAGGAAGAGGUUCGGACUGGAAGGACCGUAUGCUUGAACUGGCCCAUUCACUUCCCUUCGAGGCCCCUUUUUGGCAGGAAAAUUCCUUCUAUCACCACAUAUGCAAAAAAUGGCCCAGAUGUUCCAAUCAGAGAUGAUGUUAUCCAUAUCAACACCCAAUCUGGUUCUCAAUGGGAUGGUUUGAAACAUUACGGUCUCAGGGACCAUAACGUCUUCUAUAACAAUACCCCGCCUACAGCAUUAUCUGAAGGCGAGAUGGAGCUUCACGACCCUAGCGAGAUCGACUAUGGACGCGUCAAGUUAGGAAUGCAGAACUGGGCCAAACAUGGAAUCUGUGGCCGCGGAGUUCUCCUAGAUUUAGUGAGCUACUACACUGCCGAUGGCGGGACCCUUCCCUACAACCCAUGGGCCACGUAUCCUUUGACCGUAGCAGACCUUGAGGCUGUUGCGAAGAAGCAAGGUGUAGAGUUCAGGCGGGGUGAUAUCCUAAUUUUGCGAGUAGGAUUCAUCCAGAAAUAUUAUGCCAGUACCAAUGAAGAUAAACAUGCACUACGUGACCAAACGUUAGAAACAUUUACAGGAAUCGAGCAGAGCGACGAAAUGAAGAGGUUCAUCUGGAACAAUCACUUUGCUGCCGUAGCUUCCGAUCAGCCUUCAAUGGAGCGGUGGCCGGCACCUGAAGGCGUACCCCAACUACAUCAGACAUUCCUUGGAUUAUGGGGAAUGCCCAUCGGUGAAUUCUUCGACGUCGAAGAGCUCUCCCAAGUGUGCAAAGAGACGGGAAGAUAUACCUUUUUCUUCACUUCUUGGCCCUUGAAUAUUCUCGGUGGAGCCGCAAGCCCUCCCAAUGCUGCAGCAUAUUUCUAAAUACGCCUAGCACCAUGUUAGCAACAAGUCAACCUUUCUGCCUUGUAGAUCAUGAUUGUAAGAAUGCCAGCUGAUGUACGAAUACUGCUUUUGGAAGUCCAGUGUAUUACAUAUUUCUUUUGCCAAUGUGAGAGCUGAUAAAAACAUUACGAGUUCG